GGUAACACUGAGGACAGAUCAGCAUUACGAGGUGAUGAGAGCUAUACUGCAAGGGAUGUCACCAGGGCUGUCGUGAGCGAUAGCGCCUGUUUACACGAUUCUUCACAGACAUUCACCAUCAAAUAUGGACAACGAGGCGGUUGAGACGUUUCCUUUCUCGGAUCGCACUGAAAUCAGCUUUCUGAAAAGAGUCAGCAUUGAAGGCCAACUGAAAGACAUCCAUCCCGACAUUACAAUUAACAUCGACGAGACUCAGGUAAGAGUCAAGGGGUCAAGGAAUUCCGUGUAUGAUGCCAAAACAUUCAUUGCUACCAUCUUGGAGGAAACUGAGUUACGUGACAUUAAAGUGACUGAUCCAUCGCGCAUCAAACUUUUCAAGAAGGAUGUAACUCGUAGAUAUAUUGGAAGCAGACUGUUACGAAAUGGCCUUAAUGCAGUGUACGAUGUCUGCGAAGACGGGAUCAGGAUCCGGUGCAAGCAUGCCGAGUUUUGCCGAGUUCGGGAUGUCAUAGACGCUGCCAUCGUCAGUGAAGAGGUUGAUGCCUUACAUAUUGGUGUAACACUCCGUGACAGACUUCAAGAGUUGAGAGAUUAUACGGAAGUGGACGACAAUCCAAGGCGUACUCGCCUCUCAGUACAUUUCGAGAAAUACAACACGGUGAAGGAAAUCGUGGAUGUUGUGAUAAAUGAGCUGAACGAGGAACCAGGUGUUCUUCGCCGACGCAAAUCUGAUAGUGGAUUUAGCGACUCAGACGAGGAUCAGGUCAAUGGUGGUGGCGGUGCUGCAAGUCAGGAUGAUUCCCUCACCCACCAAGAGAAGUCAGUGUACACCGAAAGGCUUGAAAUCCGGAAACCUGGCAUCGAAAAUAUUUCAAGGUCCGAUGAAUUUCAAGCAUUUUUGGAAGAAACUGCACAUGGGAAAAACAUGAAAGUGGCGCCAUGUCAUGUCAACGAAGGUGGAUUUAACGACUCAGACGAGGAUCAGGUCAAUGGUGGUGGCGGUGCUGCAAGUCAGGAUGAUCCCCUCACCCAUCAAGAGAAGUCAGUGUACACCGAAAGGCUUGAAAUCCGGAAACCUGGCAUCGAAAAUAUUGCAAAGUCCGAUCAAUUUCAAGCAUUUUUGGAGGAAACUGUACAUGGAAAAAACAUCAAAGUGGCGCCAUGUCAUGUCAACGAAGAACAGGGGAGGAUCAUCAUUAAGCAGGGCACGCUUGAGGCUUUAGAGUUCAAGGUGGAUGUGCUAGUUUGUCCAGCCUCCAAAACGUUGGACCUGAGUUAUGGCGUGGUGGCAAAGGCUCUGUCUGAAGCUGCUGGAACAGAACUUCAGGAGGAUUGUAAGAAGGAAUUCCGAGUUAACGAAAUGAAGGAGUAUCAUAUGACGGUGACGCCACCCUAUCGUCUCAAAUGUAACAAUGUCCUCUUUGUGGCCUUGCACCACUGGAACCAUAGACAAGAAACCAAAGCUAAAGAGAUGUACCAAUGGAUACUCAGUGAAUGCCUGGAAAAAAUAUCAAGGAUUGAACCACUUCCAACGUCUGUUGCACUCCCUGCUUUGGGCUGCGGCAAUCUCGGGUAUCCACGUGACCUUGUGGCAGACUUGAUGAUGGACACGGUGAAGCAGUUUAUACAAAGACAGAAGGUUGAUGUAUAUGUGAUACUACACCCCGACAACCCGGAUGUACAGAAGGCAUUCCAAGCAAGACGGGAAGCGUUUCACGUCGAGGACAUCAGACUGACAGUCAGAAAAGGGGAUAUUUUGGAAGAACAGACCGACGUGAUAGUCAACAGUAUAUCAGAACGCUUCAAUCUGACUGAAACCCUUUCAACAGAACUGGUAGAACGCUUUGGAGAGCCAUUCAAGAAGGAUUUCAGAAAAAAUCUUCCAGCUCUGCAAAAGUCUGGAUUAUCGUUUUGCAAGUCGUGCAGACCUUGGACUUGUGUAGUACAUCUUUGCGCCAGCGUGUUUAAAGGGAAGAACGGAACAGAUUGGCUGGCAGCAAUACUUUCAUGCCUCAAAGAAUCUGGGGAAAAGUUCAAACCAGCGUCUGUGGCCCUUCCUUGUCUUGGCGUUGGUUCUGAGCGUCUUUCCCCCGAACAACUGGCGGAACUCUUGCAUGAUGCCAUAGAACAAUACCGAGCUGCCGUUCACUUCAAGAAACAUCGCAUCAACGAUAUCAGGCUGUUAGUGCUUCGUGACGAAGAUUUUGAUCGAAUCGUCACCACGUUGCAGGACAUUCAGGAGAGAAACAAUAAACGUCUCGAGGCCACGGGGCAAAAGCAAGUAUAUGAUCUUUACGUAUCAUCUACUGAAACGUCAAAGGUGCAGGAUCUUGCUGGGCAAAUCCGAAGCUUUGUCGAUGCAAACGUACGCAGUGAGGCUGUUGAAGCCGACAGGCUGGUUUCUGCAAUGUCCAAAGAGAGGAUGGACGAUCUUCAACAACUUGCAAGGAAUCACACUGUGGGCUUGAAGGUGAUCGGAUGCAAGCUGAUACUGUUUGGCAUGGACGUAGACAUAGCCAAGGCGAAGGUUGACAUCAAGAGGUUUCUGAGAACAUGUCACAGCGCUAAAUGGAGUUCGGCGAAGGAUGACCACAAUCUCGAUCUGGACUCAAUCAAUGGCUAUGUUGAGGAUGCUUAUCAACACAACAAAAGAUACACAUUGUUUACGGAUCAGUCCGAUAGGCUCUACAGGCUGAAGAUCAAAGACGGGAAGGUUUCGAUAUGCCAGGAUCCAGAUAAACGAGAGAUACAAUUACAGAGAAGAGUCUCCGUGACGUAUGAUGACAUUCCACUCAACUGGUCGCUUCAGCACCAAGGAGUCACGGACUGCGUCCCUGUGGACAGAGAUGGGGAAGAAUUCAAAAACGUCAUUACUCGCUUUGAAACUCAGAGGAAGUCCAAAAGUGAGAAAUUUCACAUAAAAGAAGUAUAUCGGAUUGAGAACAGGCUACUACACAGGAAGUAUAAGGCAGAAGAGGAACGACUUUCCCUACAAAAUGGCUGGGACAAAGUCAAUGAGCGCAUACUCUGGCAUGGAACCAGCCAGGGCUCAGUUGAAAACAUAAACACAAAUGGAUUUGACAGGAGUUACUGUGGUGCAAAUGCCAUCAGAUUUGGUGAAGGGACCUACUUUUCUGUCGACCCAUCCUAUUCGUCCAGCGACACAUACUCGCCUCCAGAUUCCAAAGGAUUGAAAUACGUGUAUCAGGCGAAGGUACUGACUGGCAUUCCAGUGGAAGGGAAGGUAACGAUGAAGUACCUGCCAGUGAGAGCAGGCACAAGCACUCCCUAUGAUUCUGCUGUCAACAACUUGAAGGACAUCAAAACCUAUGUCAUCUUCAAGGAUGAUCAAGCUUACCCUGAGUAUCUAAUCGAAUUCACCCAUGCGGUCGGCAAGCAGGUGGACAUGACAGGAAGCAAGACAAAAGCCGAUCCUUGUGAUGCGCAAGACAACAAUGCUCCAGCAAUGACUCGGUUGUAGUUUACCACUGAAGAGUGGUCAGUCACAAUAACCUCAAUCGAACUCAAGUGAUCACAUGCGGAAACAGCUGUUAGAACCCUUGUCCUUUCUAGCCCCGGUUUGUGGGCAAGUAGGUAGCAAGUUUGAAGUGUCGGAGUAUGUUGUGGACACAUAAAUUGUUGCAGUGUCGGACACCUAUUUCUGAAAACAUCCUUGUGUUGAACUGUAUUGGAAUACUGGUUUCGAACCAAAUUGAAUCUGUCAUAUAUCUGUAAUUCUUUAUCAAUUAGCCAAUAUUUACACACUUACUGAAAAAUAGCCCCUGAAGUUCCUCUUAAGUUUCUCAUUAAUAUUUGCCCAUAAAGACGUUAAAAGAUGGUACUUGUUGAAACACUGUCUGGCGCUCGGCAUUAAGGGGAAAAAACAAUGACUAG